UUGAAAGGCGAUCAUCAUCAUCAUCUUGAAUUCAAGCAAACCAAUACUAUUGCUGUUACCCGCAAAAAAAUCCAACAAUAUCAAUUUGAUUCAUUGAAAAAAAUACACUACACAUUGGUAACAUCGAAAAAUUUUCAGAUAUCAAGCGCGUCAUUGUUGUCUCGGAGCAAACCGGACGCGUUUAAGGAGUCGAGGUCUAGCUAUCGGCUGAUCUGGCGUGGUCCCGUAACAGCUGAGCCCGUUAUAUUAUCGGCCUUGACUCGGAAAGACGGUGGAUCAACAACAUCUGAUUACAUUCAGUUCGUAGACCGACAUUACAUGAGUCUCGAAAUUGGGUUUCUUGAUACGAGCAAGAAGGGUUGUUGGUCGAAUUAUUCCCUGUUCGGUUGGCGCGGCUUACAUCUGAUCCACCGCACGGUAUCUCGAAUUUCGUGCAAGGGGUCCACGGAGAAAUCUGAUUCUAUAUAAAGUCUACAGAUGGUGCCGGUGCCGUGUCUAGGUUUCCUUUUGAAGCCUCGACAACGUGCAUUAUACUUCUGUUGACCCCUUCUGUGUAUCUUUGCCACAAUCCAUGUUGCACGUCAUGGCGCCCUCACAACUCUCGGUAGAUUCGCUCCCGAACGAGAUCAUCAUCCAUGUCCUGAGUUCUUUUCCAACUCGCGAGCUGUUGCCCCUUGCUGCUGUCUGCCGCCGCUUCCAUGGACUUGUUGGCCGCAUACACUAUGGACGUCUCAUUGAAGCUUCGAAGUUGCAGGAUCAUGAGAUGAUCCUUGAGUGCUAUCACCCAAGCGAAAAGCUUUCUACACCUGAGCUAUUCUGCGAAUAUCUGGGAACGGACGGACUUACGGAAGCUGGCGACGAGGCCAACCUCGGAGAACUCAACCAGCUCUACACACGAUUCCGCCCAUUCCUUGGAGAUGAGAAGCCCCAACCUCGAGGUCCUUGGCAAGCCCAGAUGAUUGAAGAAAUAUCGGAGCCUCGGUUGCCCACGCACCAGAUUUUUCUCGACUCUAGCGAAUUGUUCUCUCAGAUGUGCACCGUAACCAACCUGGUUAAGGUCGGACCAAGGAAUGGCCUCUUUACUAGCCUUGCCAACGUCACAGACAGCGUGGUCCGUGUAUGGCGCGACUGGCUUAAGCGUGCAGCAGAAAAUACAGCAGCAGGGAUGCAACAGCGAGCUCGCUCGGACUUGGAUGAUCCGACCAUUCUAUGGACGGACUCGUCAAAGACCGUUGGGCUAAAAUUCAGAGUUGUCGAGGAUGAAAGCAUACCUGCGCCCGUCCUCUUCGGCCGAGAUGAAGACCCAUCGGUCUCGUACACAUUGGAGUAUCAAGAAUUGCUUAUAAAAGCAAACUGGCUGCUGCUCAGUUACGAGACAUCUGAAGCUCAGCAAGUCACCCAUGCAGGGGCUAUUUACUUCCCAGGCAGUGGCAUCAUUCAUCCAUGUAAUACCUUCUUGCCUUGCGCAAUUCCAUCGGCGAACCCCUUUCAUUCGAUGGCAACCACUUUUGUCAUGUAGUCGUCACCGGAUAGUACGACUGGCAGAUAGCGCCACCACGCAAUGUAUGAUGAGAGACGAUAGAGAUGGUGUUCUGGAGUUAUAAAUAGUGGAGGGGUGGGCCUACUUAACAUGGCCACAGAUUGCGCCAUUCUGUUAUGGGUCUUGAUCUUCGAACGAUAGGGUAUUCGAAUCACAUGUUAAUGACGGGCUGCAUAGAGGUGGGACCUCUGCUUCGACGACAAGAUUUUAGAAUUAGAAAAUCCACGAUAAUGUAAUAGACUACAGAUUAUUCCUAUGUCUCACUGGUGCAUUCUGCAACUUCGGCAUGAUUUUACAA